UUUUGGGUGAUGAGUAAAAUGAAUAAAGCCCAUGAUCACAUUAAACCCAUAGUGAAGGAACUACCUUUCUCAUAUUACUGGAUGGAGAAGAGGGACAGAUGGGAAUACGAUGUGCAGGGGGACUUACACCUACUCUACAGCCCCUUUAUAUCAGGCUAGCUGGCCUGAAGGGCUCAUUGAGUAAUCUGACCCUGUGUGUUAGUCUUUCUAGACAUUUUGUCCCCUCUUAUGGGUUUUGCUUUGGGAGGGGAACGUGAAACUCAUAAGUUUGUUUGGCUUUUAUUUUCGUCACUCACUUUUGUGUCAGCUUUGACUUUAAUUCUGACCUUUGAAUUGUUUGUGAGGUGGGAGUGGCUGGAGGGGAUGGGCUUUAGCGACUAUGAACACAGAAUGCUCAGGAAACAAUGCAUUCCAUGGUGGAAAUUGGGAUUAGAAAAUCCUCUUUGCCUCCUGACCCUUGAAAAUGGACCAUGAACAGAAUGAAGAUGACACUAUCCUGGAUCUGGAAUCGGAGCCUGAAAGUCCACUAGCACCCCCUGCAGAUCUUCUGGAACAACUGGACGGAUAUGAAUGGACUCUGCGAGAUGGGGGAGGAAAAAACCUGCCACCACCUGCAGACUUACUGAGAAAGCUCAGUGAAGAGAGAAACAGGCCCAUAUUUCUAGAACACAGGAUUCCCACAAUGACAGAAGACAUGGCCAGGAUUGCCUUCCUCAGCUUUGUCAAUUCCAAAUGCUGCUAUGGCAAUAAAGCUGCUGGAGAACUGGUCAUUCAGAAUUUGAGACAGAUGACUGUAUACAGAUAUCGACUGGAGACCUAUCAUGAAUCAAGGCUAAGUGAAUGGACUUUUCAACCUUUUACUAAUAAUUUGGUAGAUGGACCACAAAAUGGCGCUUCUCCUCGGCCAUGGGAUAUUAAGGUCCAGGCGCCGCCAAUGUUUCAGGAUGAUACAAAGAAGUUCCGAGUACCUCACUCUUCAUUAGUCAAGGCAUGCCACAAAUGCCAGGGUCGUGGCCGACACAAAUGCAGCGCUUGCCAUGGUGCAGGCAGGAUGAGAUGUGUUACGUGCAGUGGGGCCAGACACAGGAAAAAGCAGCAGAAGCGGUGCAAGAUGCGUUCAGGUACUGGACGUAAAAGGUGCAGCACCUGUUCUGGGCGGGGCAACAAAACCUGUAUGACAUGCCAGGGAGAGAAAAAGCUCUUACAUUUCAUACAGCUGAUAAUAACCUGGGUGUAUCCCAUCGUUGACUUCCCUAAACCAGAGAUUUCCCUAGCUUCACAGAGAGCCAUCACAGAGCAUAAUGCAGCAUUUGCUACAUCAUCACGCAUUCUACAGCAGCGACAGACUAUUGAGCUGAUCCCCAUCACAGAAGUUCAUUAUCUGUAUGCAGGGAAGACGUACCUGUACUAUGUCUAUGGACUAGAAAACAAGGUGUAUGCACUGGACUACCCAGAGAGGUACUGCUGUGGCUGCACCAUCAUAUGAUGGCAGUGGAAUGCUUCCAGAGUUCUUCAGUGUGAAACAGACAAUGGCCGCACUUAUAAUGGCAAUAUUAACGUUCCGUGGAUGCACCCCCAGCAGGGUCAGCACCAGAGGGAGAAACAGCAUGGCAGGACUUGGGUAUUUUCAUCACUGUGUCAUCUGGUCCCACUCAGGGUACAGUUGGAAGACAUGAUGGUAAUAACUCCUGAGUCCUGUUUACUCUGCAGCUUUAUCUAGUGCUACUACCCAUGGAACUGCAUGGACCUAAAAUUUCCAGUCUAGAUGAAGUCAAUGAAAGAAGAAAAUAAACCUCACCAGGAGAGAGAAUAAGGAACACAACUCACAUACUCACCAAUGCUAUUAGCAGCUCAAAGCCUGAUUCAGCCUCAUUAGAGCCAAUGGAAAGAUCAGGCCUUCAGAAAAGUAUUUCCACCUGAGGAUGUUUUGUUUGCUUAUUGCUGUAAUGAUUCACCAUUAAAUGUUACAUAUUUUUAAGUCUUUUUUUACAUUCAAGGUUAUGCCACUUACGAGUGAUGUGUUCUCGUCUCUAUUCUUUUCUUUGUUAGGAUUUCCCCGAGCUACUACAUAUAACCCAUAGUAACAGAUAACAUAUUUCUCUCUAUAUUAAAUUAUUAAAUCUAUUUUAUUUUAAAAUACCAACUGGAGUUUGCCUGAUGUGAUAAUACUUGUAUGGAAAGGAUCAGAUAAGAAUAAAUAGCA